AUGAGUGUAUUGGAAACGAACCUGAGACGAAUCAACGAGAUCAACCAGUCGAUCCAGACGCUUUACUACCGUGCGGGCGGAAUUUUCAGCAACUCGCUGCUGGAAUCAGUGGACACGACGCAACAGAUACGCGACAUACAGGACGACGAGCUGAUGAUCCUGAAAGGGUACUCGUUGCCACAGCUCGAUGUGGAGGAAGGGGCCAGUGCGAACCUGGCUGCGAUCAAAACGACGCUGGAACAGAUCAAGGACGACGCGAACGAGGACCCGAUGGUCAGACUGAGUUUGAUGUACCAGAGAUUGUUACAAUACGCGGCCAUAUACAAGAUCGAGGAGACACAGCGACUGGCGAUCCAGCAGAGUCUGAACGAGGCGACGAGCGCGGUGACGGCGUUGAACGAGUACCGGGCCACGUUGGAGGCGAUGCAGGACGAGCUGGUUGUGUGGAACCAUUUGGGGGUGCAAGGAGGUGUUCGAGAAGAGAUGGUUGUUGCUGAGCAGGAUGCCAGCGGCGAGAGCGCAAGCGCGUUGAUCGAGGCCGAAUUGCGCGAGAUCGAGCGUUUGGAACAAUCCACCACAAAUUAG